GAGAUAUUGAAUGUCAUAUGUAGGGUGGCAGGUUUGAGGUUUUGUUUGUACGGUUGCUACUAAGUGCAACAAAUCAAUCAUCAGAAUAUGGGUGAUAAUCUGUGUAAUAUUGCUCGAUAUAUUACACUGUUAACAGAUGAAGACAGGUUUGUUCGAAAAAAAGCUCUGAAGUCUGUGGAAGACUACUUAAGUACUAACAGCGAUAAAGAAAGUACUAUUUUUAGUACAGUAGCAGAAAACCUGGCAAAGACUCUAAAUGAUCCUGUUGAGGUCAAUCGCGAACUUGCAGUGAAGGUUUUAAAGCUCUUCAUAGAUGUAACUAAUGACGUGACGCCUGUGCUUCCAUUAUUAGUGCCUGUACUGGUUAUGCGUUUAGGACAGAAAGAAAUAAUAGAACAUUCCGAAGAAAUUCGCUACUCCACACUUAAUCUCUUAUAUAUUUUGGUGAAUAGAACUGAUGAAAUAUCUCCGUUUCUCGAUGAUUAUAUUUCAGUAAUUCAAAAGACACUUGUCGAUCCAUAUCAUGAAGUUAAAAAAUUGUCUUGUAGAAUAGCAGUCGUUUUAUCAGAAAGAAAAUGCCAUCGAUUUUAUCAAAUUUCUGAGUCUAUUUUGUUGCCCAUGUUGUCAAAUCUUACACAUCAACAUUCUAAAGUCAGAUUAGAAAUUGUGGUCGCUCUUGAAAAGGUUUUGCUGCACAGCCAGGGAAAGCUUGUUGAAAAUGUUAUCGCGCCAUUAACUCAAAGGCUUUUUGAUUCAUCAUCAGCAGUUAGACGAGCUGUUAUUGAACUGGUGGGCUCAUGGUUGUUGGAUUUACCUGAUCGGUAUUCAUACCAAACAAAGUUAUUGCCUCUGCUUCUUUCUGGUUUCAUUGACGAAUCAGAUGAAAUUCGUAUGGUUGCUACAAAAUUAUGGCAUCAUAUAGGACUAAAAUUUGAGAAAGAGAACGAAGAGCAGCUGAAAGAUAAACUGGAUUUCGACCACGGUCCUCCAUUUCACUAUCCAUGUGGGUGCAAACGACCAAUACUGGGUUGUCGAGAGCUCGUCUACAGAUCGGCAUCCAAACUAUUUCCAGGUUUAUGUAAAGAUCUUUCAGACUGGCAAGAAGCAACACGUUUAAAAGCAGCCAGUUUAAUACCAAUAUUAAUAUUACAUCUUGAAGAAUCUGCUACUCAACAUACUCAGCAUCUUUUAACUGGUAUUGCAAAUGGUCUAGCUGAUGCACUUAGUCGAAUAUCACCCAUUGGAAAUAUGUCUUUAAUAAAUAUGAUGCCUGUGGUUUCAUUUCGGAAGAAAACAUCUUAUUCGUCAAGUAUAACUACUACUGACGAAGUAGAUAUAAUUAGUUUAGUCGUUACACAUGCCACAUCUCAGGUGUUUAGUUUAUCUGAAGUCAACGAGGCAAUAAAAGUUAUUAAUCAAUUAUUUAUUGCUGCUCAAAUUUUGGGUUGCAUGAUCUCCACUAAGUUUUGGUGGCAUUUACUGGAACCAUGUCUUGAUCGUUGUACAGAAUCUGCUGCACCAUCAUCAUUAGCUGGCCAUUUACUCCUUUUAUCUGGUUUGCUUCAUGGUAGUCCAUUAAACCAAUUAAUAAUAACCGACGAAAUGAAAGGGUCAAAGCGUGACUCAUCAUUGAAUAGGUUUUCUACUAAUGCGACUGAUACUUUCACUAAUACUACCAGUACUGCUAAUACUUCUGAUAAUAAUCAUAGUAUUCAUGAUGAUAAAAUUGAUGAAAAUAAUGAUUGUCAAAUGAAAAGUGGUCACGUCAAGGAGACCUAUACACCAAUCAAUAAUAGUACAUUACAUAAGAUUAUCGCUUAUCUUAGUCAAAAUGAAUUAAUCUCUGUCAUAUCAAUGAAUGCUAAGGCAGGUCUAUUAGAAUGUGUUCAAGUGUGUAUUAAACAUCUUGAAGAGGCGAUUGUUUUAUUAAAACAAGAACCAGAACAACAAGUGGAUACUUUGGAAACCUUACAGUUAAAUGAUGAUAGUCAUAAAAAUAUUAUCCAAGCUACCUAUAAUGCAGCAAAAUUAGUAAUUCAAGAUGACCAGAUCCGUUCAUGUUUGUUUGAAAUACUUCUCGGGACGGGUGCAAUUUGGCCAGAAAACGACUUGGUCUCAUCAGAUUUCGGUCGUACAGUUCUUAGUUCAUGUGAUAAACUCAUGCAAAGGUUAGCAGUCUGUCAUCGAGACUGUAUAAAUUUAUCCAGACAAUAUCGUCUCUCCAAGGAGAAGGACUUUGAAGUAAAUUCAGUACCAGCUAGUGAUAUGGAUCAACUAUUUUUCAACUGUAUGCCUAAGUUAAUUUUUAGAUUAAAUGAAGAUUUGAAAAAAUCUAUUUCAUGGAAUCCACGUUCAAUCGGAUUAGCGAUACUUUCACGUUGUUUACAAAUAGCUACUGGACCUGCAUUAUUAUUCACAUUUAAUGAUCAUGAUAAUAGUAGUCAAACUAAAAAAGAAUGUUUAACAGCUGUGCUGGAUCUUUUAGAACGUGGUUGUCGAUUAAAUCGUACACCCGGUGGCUGUGGCGGUGGUGUCGACAAUGGUAGUAAUAAUAAUAGUCAGUUUGAUAAAUCACCAGGCGGUACAGAUCCACUAACAUUAGCUAGUGAGGCUGAGCUUCGUCUACGUGGUUUAAUGUUGCUUACAAAACUGACAGAUAAUAGUCAGAUUAGAAAAGUAUUAUCAUCUCCAAAAUAUUUGAAUUAUUGUUUUCCUAAAUUAAUUUUACCUGUAUGUGUAUGGAGAGCUGGUCGUACAUCAGAAGCCAUGCGGAAAGCAGCUAUUACAAGUUAUUUUGCAUUAUUAGCUAGUGCUGUAUCAAUGCAUCAUUUAUCUGAAAUUGUUUUAAAUUUACGAACUAACAGUGAAAUCAACAUAGAUAAUUGGCUUUUAACUAAUAACAUUGAGUCUAUGCAUGAGAUUAUGCAAGAGUUAACAAAUAAAAAGGAAGUUUGUGAUAAUAAUAAUGAUAACAAUGGGAUACAAUCCUUUCCAAAAUAUAGUAAUCUACCAAGUUUAUCUGGCUCCUUGUUAUCUUUGAUGUUGGCACGUUUAGGCUCAUUAUUAGAUGAUGAUUUGGAAGGGACUAGACGUUUAGCUUGUCUUUGUUUGACAGUAUUCUUUAAUGGUCUUCUUAUACCUUCACCAUCAAUAUCACCGACAUCUUCAUCACCGAUGGAGUUAUCUAACAGUAAUCAAAAUCACUAUGAAGGUAAUCGAGUGAUAGAUUUUCUCAAUUCACCUACAUGGAUUCAACCGCUUACUACUACUAUUACUAAUACUGCUAGCAGUACUAUUAAUAGUAAUCAUGAAUCGACCAAAGAAUAUAAUGUAUUAUUGCCUUAUUGUCCACUGGCCAAUUCAUUUGGUGAUCAAGUCUAUCGUUUCUGUGGUAAUUUUAUUAAGCGUCUAAAUGAUUCGAAAGAUCAGAUUCGAUUACUUAUCUGUGAAACAAUCAAUUCAUGGAUUCGUUUACUUAUUCCAAUGUUAACAUCAUCAUCAUCAUCAACAACCAUUAAAACAUCUCAGCAAUUAAAUCCAGUUUAUACUGCUGUUAUAGAAGAUUUCUUAAAUAAUCUCAUUAUUCAUUUAGAUGAUCCUAAUUCAAAAAUACGUGCCAGUGUAUCACGUGUCCUCCUAAGAAUCAAUCAAUUCGCUUCAGAUUUGGUGAUUAAAGUUUUAAACAAAGCUAAAUUAUGUCAUCGUUCAUCUCAAUUAUGUGAUAAACUAUUAGAAUUUUGUCAUUCACAUUCUCAAUAACAUUCAUAAAAUAAUAUUAUCAAUAAAGUGGCCGAAGGAAAUGAGGAACAAGUAAUUAAAGGAUUGAAAUUUUGAAGCGAUAAUGGUCUACAUCUUUGGAGAAUCUAUGCUCCCACAUAUCUAAUUAAGUUAUAUAUAUAUACACUAUUGUUGGCAAAUCUUUUACUAAUUAACUUUUGUUUUUAUUUGGUUAGUCUUUGUAUUACAACAUUUCACUGCACAAUCUACAACGGAUGACGAUAGGUCACAUAUAUAUAUUUUUUUCAUUUAUUUAUGUGAAAUUACAAGUGAAUAAAAGAAAGUACCGUUGAAAAUAUCGUUCCUUUUUUUCGGUGUUCCGUUUUUUGUUCUUACAAAAAUUAAUGAGGUAGAUUUAUUUUUGUGGAUUAUUAGAUGAUCAGUUUUUCACUUUUAAAUCAUAUAUAUAUACAUGAAUUGUAGUUUUUGUGCUAACUGACAAACACACACACUCAAACAUUUGUGUAUAUGUACAUUUCUGUUUGUUUAUCUUUAAUGGGUGCUUCCUGGUAGCAGGUAAUUUUAUUGUUUACGUUUACUAAAGUAAUCCGGUAAAAAUAUACUUUAUUGAUGAUUUUCAACGAACCAUCAAAAUAACCAAAAAACUGAUUAAAAAUAGUAAAUGCAAAUUGAAAACGCCAUUAUGAUUAGUUUAUUGUUGGAUAUCAUGUUUUUGAUUAGAUUUCGGAUUUUUAAUGGAUUAGAUGAUGGAUUUUUUUGUGUAACGAAUUAUCAAGCUUAGAAGAUAGGCGUUAGAAUUGAGUUAUUCAUAUUAGAAUUUUAAAGCGUUAAGGAUACCAGAAUUUAUAACCAAAUAUACAGAUAAUCACCGCGUAAUAAGUUCAUUAAUCAUCUUUAAACUCUGGAUCAUGUUUUUCUCGAUAUAGAGCUUUUUGAUAAAAGCUGUAUUCCGAUUGGUUAUGCCUUAGGUCAGUCUUGAAAUCUUUCACGGCCGUCACUGAGGCAUACAUUUACCGAUAAUGCAGUAGGGUUAUUGGUAUUUAAAAGCUGUUUUUAAAUUUUCA